GGCUAAUUGAAAUUAAGCAAGAAUCAUAAUACCAGGGAAAUCUUUCAUGGAAUUUUUGCGAACUCGUGUUAUAGAAGCAUGAAUAUAACAUGAAUUGAUUACAUAAAAACUCAAUAAUAUAAUUACAAGUAAAGGUAAAACGGAGUACGCGAUUAAAAUUAUAUCCAAAGUUCAUAUACAGUAACCCAUGAUCGAAUGCACUUUAAAAAAGAUCACAUGAUACAUUUCCGGUUUGUUACUUCCGCUAUUCACAGCGAAGCAUGUGUAGCUACUUUAAAGCGGCCACCGUAGCCAGCGGACCAAGAAGUUUUAACCUCUUCGUUCUACCUGCCUCUAACGACAUUCGAACAUCUUUACUACAAAUGAAAGGAGGAGUCAUCAAAUUCAUACCUUCCAACAGUGUGAAGUUUUCAAUCAUAAUUUUUAUAAUUGUCUUGGCAGCAACCUUGAUACCAGUAGUUUAUCGUAACUACAUUGCCAUAAAUACAGAACGAAAUUGCAACAGUCACGCAAAUAACGCCAUCGUCACGAAAAAGUUCUCGAGACAAAUGUACCUGUUCUGGGCCAAUCUGCUUUCCGAUAAUUAACUGGAUAUAUACCUGUUAUGGUUGCACCUGCAAUCUGUUCUCUAACAGACAUCGAUGAUAAACUAAUAUGUAAGACCUCGAGAGCGAAUCUUCCAAGAUACUGCACACUAUAUUAUAUUGAAUUCGAGAAAAAUGAACCAGUGAAGAAAACUAAACGCAAUCAGACACGAGUAUAGACGUAAUCGAACUUAGGAGAAGUAUUUCAAAAGAUUUGCGGAAUUUAAAUUUAAAAUUCGUUAGCACGAAAUUUCGUAAGAAAGAAAAUCUGGAGGCAAUGCAUUAGUCGUGAUAUAAAUUAUUAAUCGUCCACAACAACAUUGUCCUUUCCCCCUGUUCGAAAGAAUGUUUAUUGCAGCGUGAAAGGCCGCUUGGUGACAUUCGAGCCUUGUUCACGUGUAUUAUACCCG